AUGACGGGACGAAGCGGGAGCUCUGAUGGGACGUUUUACUUUCAGGCAUGGAACACUGGCAAGGUGGUGAGCGCGGAGUCAUGGGUCCAGAAUAAGGGCCUCGCCGACUUUGUCGAGCAGAACCUCAGCGCCGAGGCAAAGAAGUGGCUGUUCGUCAAGGGCUGCGUGCCUACCAAGGAGCUGACCGGGCUCGCCAUUCCCUAUUCUAUCGCCGUCAAGCUUCGUGCCGCAAGGACUGGGCAGGACCCAAAAGAUGCGGUCAAGGCUCUCUUCAAGUUCCGCAACAAGGAGUUCCCCGACAUCGCCAGGGUCUACUUCAAGACCAGGUUGCACAAGUCGCUGGACUUCUUCAACACCUUCUCCGAGGGCGCAGAGUCCGACCCUCUCGUGGCCGAUUUCAACGUCGUCAAGUCCUCCAAGAAGUUGAAGGACAAGAUUCGGUCAGCGAUCAAGUUUGUCAAGAAGGAUGUCUGGGGCGACCUUAAGAAUGGAUUAGUCGGUGGCAUUUCUUCAAAAUCAUCAGAGUUCAAGGCAGCUCGGUUCAUCGCGAAGCGAGGCCAAGGUAUGUACAGGGCCUUUGAAGGAAGCGACAUUGGUGUCGACUGGGACAUAGGGGAAAGCGACGUCAUUAACAUAUGCCUCGACUUUUCAGACCCUACCUUGAAUCCCCAUGUUCUGCCCACUGCACCGCUCCAGAGCCCUCUGCCACUGCCAGACAUGACUUUGCCGGACUUGAGCCCUGCUCCUCUUCAGCCGGAAAUGAGUCCUGCUCCUGUGCAGCGGCGCGAACUCCCUCCUCGACCUAGGACGGACUCGGAUGCCUCCGAUCUCACCGUCGGGUCCACGGUUGCGUCGGCCUCGGACGCCAGCUCCAUGGCUUCUGUCGACACAGCCCAAUCGUCCAUCUUUGGCGAAGAAGCAUCUUCCGAGCUGCACCACCACGCAAAGGAGGGCUACUCCGAGCUGUCGCCUGUUCCGGAAGAGGACGAGCCAGUACUCAGCCCUCCGGCCACCACCGAGAGUGACCCUAUGGUAGAAGCCGAUGUUGAAGUUCCGGCUGUUGCGACGCCCGCCGAUUCGGCAGAGGCAUCGUGCCUGGACAUUACGACGGAGCCCAUAGAGGUCGCAGACGCUCCCGUGGUCACCGACGUCACGGAAAUGACAGACGUUACGGACAUCACAGAGGUCGUGAGAGCUACCACCACUCCGGCCGCCAUGACUCCUGCAUCGUCUGGCAUUGUCGCGACCAGAAGAAAGAUGAACAGUGUCCUGUCUCCUCAGAACACGCAAACGGCCUACUUUGUUGUGAAAAAUACCGGCAACUGGCUUCGAUACCUAACGGCCAACCAUGCCCAGAGCGCCCAACAGCUGCGAUCUACCCUUUUCGAUUCGCCCAUUGUCCUCGCCGCGACCUCUUCUCCCAUACAGGCUCUCAUGCCGGACGGGAUGAUGCGUGUGUACUUUAUGUCGCAAGCUCGGAAGCAGCUUGAGGAUGGGGCGCCUCGCAACGAGAAGAAUCGCGCUGUCCGCACUCGCAAAGGCAAGUCGGUUCGCGAGUGGGUUGUCGGAAGCGCCAAGGUCUCAACCCGCACCUUGAAACAUCUUGGCCAGCAGCUCGGAAAGAGAAACGCCAGACUCCUACCAGCGGCUUCGCCCGCGGUGCGCAAGGUCGACUCGGUCGUCGGUCCCAACAACCGACUGAUAGAGAUGACGCCUGCGCCAGGCGUUCCUCAGGCCAUCCUGGUCACAACGCCCCAUCCUGUCGAGGAUGUCCGGGAGGGCGACAUUGUGCAGGAAGAGCGAGACGACGGCUUCGUCCACAUUGAGAGCAACAUUAUCAACAGGCCGGCGGAGGUGGUGGCGGACAGGACUGAUGGUCCCGAGAAGAAGAAGAAGGGCAAGUUGGAGAAGAAGCGGCGUCCCAAGGGCAAGGGCAAAUCCAAGGCGGACAUGAACGGGACCAGCAUCAAGAAGACGAUCAGGAUGGACACAGCCAGCGCAACGACCAGCGCGAGGACAAACGUCAUCAGGGACUUCACGGUCGAUGCCGACAGCGUCCCGCCUCGCAAGCCUUCCAAGGUAUAUACUCCUCCUUUCAGUCGAAAAGCCUGGCGAGAUGUGGAGCCUCAAGAGCCGCAGGUCAUCUACGACGUCAUGAGCGGAUACGACUUUUUGCAAGUGGAAGACGUCCAGAUCUUUUCCUUUUCGACGUGCUCGCAUGACAUGAUGCUGCGCACCUCUCCUCCUCCCGCUGCUGCUGCUGCUGCUCCCGCUCCUGCUGCUCCCGCUACACCCGCAGUGGUUGAAGAGGGCGAGGGCCUCGGCAUUUGGUCGCCUCCGGCUGUUGUCGGCAUUUUCUCCUGGAUGUGGGAUCAUUUGUCUCCUGGGGGCUGGGCUAAGACCUCGGUCGCUCACUGA